AUGAAAUUAAUUCUUCUUGGUUUAGUUGUGCUCCUUUCGUCUGCUUUCUUUUUAACUUCAACGGUUAAGGCCAUUGUCCAAUUUGGAAAAUGUAACGAUCAGAUGCAAUACAAACAAAAUCUUCAAGUGAGUUCCCUUGUGGGUCUUUGGUAUCAAGUUGCCACUUAUAGAACUUUUUUGGAACGUGGAGUUUGUGCCUCCAUUAAUGUUACCUUAAGUAGUGAUGGUUCUAUGCUCAACAUUGCUGAAUCUCAUUAUAGAGGUGGUAGAAAGGACUAUUUCAAUUUAACUGCAUCCCCAAAUGCUACUACUCCUGCUAAAAUGAUAGUUUCCUAUCAAGUACCACAAAGAAGAGACCAAUUCGAAACUGUUCAAUUUCCAAUACAAGUAGUCGAUACUGACUAUAUCAGUUAUUUACUCGUCUGGUCAUGUGAGAAUAGUAGAACUGCCUUGUAUAGCAAUGAAAUGGCCUGGCUCUAUGUAAGAACACUUGAUGAAGCUUCCCAUUACCAAAUGAGAACUAAAGUUUGGGAUCGAUUGGAAGAUUUUGGAAUGAGAAGAACCUAUUUCCAAGAAACUAGACAAACAAUGUGUGAUUAUAAGGAAUUAGAAUAG